AUGGCUUCUCCUCCUGCCAGCAAUGUCGCUCACUCUCUCAAGGCGGUGGUGGGGUUCAUCGGGUUGGGCAACAUGGGAGCGUGCAUGGCGGCCAACGUCCUCCGCCACAACUACCCGCUCGCCGUCUUCGACAGGAACGAGGCGGCCAUGGCGUCGCUGGUGCAGCAAGGCGCGCAACCAGCGGAUUCGCCUGCAGACCUGGCCUCUAAAGCGGAUGUGAUUAUAACGAUGCUGCCCACGCCAGCCAUUGUGCUAGAUGUAUACACGGGCCCGACUGGCGUGCUCACAGCAUCAACCACCUCCCCCUCCACUCCCGCUUCCUCCUCCACCCCUCCCCCUUCGUCAUCUCCUUCCUCCCCCUCCUCUUCCCCCUCCUCCUCCCCUCCUUUCCCCUCCUCCCCCCCUUCCUCCGCGCCUCUCCCCUCCACACACACCAUAAGGCCGCACCUGCUCAUUGAUGCCUCCACAGUGGACCCUGCCACGUGUCACGCCCUCGCAACCGCCGUGCAGGCAUGCCACGUGGCGCCCAGCGCACUGCACUCACUGCAAGGUCCCCCCUUGGUGGUGGACGCACCUGUGUCAGGCGGCGUGGUUGGUGCCAAGGCAGGCACACUUACCUUCAUGGUGGGAGGCACAGCAGCAGCAUUCGCAAUGGCGGAGCCACUGCUGGCAGCCAUGGGCACGCGCGCGCUGCACUGCGGGCCCUCUGGAUCCGGCUCGGCGGCCAAGCUGUGCAACAACCUAGCUCUGGCCAUCCAAAUGGCGUCAGUAUCCGAGGCCCUCGCUCUGGGGCAGCGCCUGGGCCUCUCCCCUGCACUGCUCUCCGCCAUCUUCAACUCCUCCUCCGCCAAGUGCUGGUCCAGUGAGGUGUACAACCCGGCACCGGGCGUGAUGCAGGGCGUGCCCUCUGCGCGCCACUACCAGGGCGGAUUCUCCAAUGCCCUCAUGAGCAAGGACCUGGGUCUGGCAGUGGCAGCAGCACAGGCAGCAGGGGCGCCGGUUCCACUGGGAAAGAACGUCAUGGCCAUGUAUGCUGACAUGGUGAGGGCAGGCUCAGCAGCAGAUGAUUUUUCCAGCAUUUAUCAACAUACUUAUGGCGGUCAGCCCGUGGAGGCAAAAUGA